UGAACGUCACGUCGUUCAGUUCUCAAAUCGUUCGUCUGAAGAACGGAUCGACACAGUGAUAUCUCUAAAAAUGCGUAUCUUCGUCAUGUUCGUAGUUUUAUUUAUGUUCUUACUAAUAGUGCAGAACAAUAUGGUUAUGUCGAUGAAAAUGAGGAUGCGAGGUCCGAUUCGUGAUGCCAUCGAGAAUGGUGCGGCCGCUGCAUACAAUAAGAACGAUUGUAUUUGGAAACAGGAGAACGAUCAAAAUCCCUGCAUCGAUCCAGAUAUUUACGUAUACCUGUAUACGCCGGAUCGACCACGAAAACUGUUAGAUUCUUCGGAGAAGUCGGAUUGGUUGCGUCAGGAUUACGAGUCCUCUAAAGAGAAUAUACUUUUGAUUCACGGAUAUGCAGGUGGUGAUGACACUUUGCCCAUUGCGGUUUUACGUGAUGCUUAUCUGAAGAACGGCAGUUAUAAUGUUUUUUUAGUCGACUGGAGUAUGUUAUCGGCACCGCCGUGUUAUCCAGCUGCAGUGGCGAAUUUACGACCGGUAGCAAAAUGUCUUGCUAAUAUUUUAACGACUUUGAGAAAUCUUGGUCUGUCGAUUGCAAAGACAACUUGUGUUGGACAUUCCUUGGGCGCUCAUAUCUGUGGCAUUAUGACUAAUUUCCUACUUUUCAGAAUGAACAGAAUAAUCGGUUUGGAUCCUGCCCGCCCGCUUCUUCGACCAGGUCUUUUAAAUCGUUUGGAUGCUGGUGAUGCUAAUUUCGUCGAAGUAAUACAUACUAAUGCGGGAUACUACGGCGAAACUGGACGCGUUGGUCACGUGGAUUUUUGUGUAAACGGUGGUAAAAUGCAGCCCUUCUGUGAAGAUAAGGAAAAGAAUCAGUUGUGCAGUCAUGUGUGGGCGGUGUGUUUUAUGGCACAAAGUAUAGACGACAGUGGUGCUAGUCUAAUAGCUGAAUCAUGCUCCAGGCGAUGCCCUUCGGGGCCAAGAAUUAUCGGAAUAGCAGGAGAGCGCACAACGAUGGGUCAGCACACUCCUAUUGACACCAGAGGAUCAUUUUGUCUCAAUAAACUUGAUCCGCCUUAUUGUCCAAAAUAUUUGAAUGGUCAUGGUGACGAAAGAUGCUGUGUAACCGAAACAACGCAAAAUAAUGAACAAAUACAGAACAAUACAAGUAUGAAACAAUAGAAAUUACGAACAAUUAGACGAACAAUGUUAAAACUAGAAUCGGAAUUGAUUGAAAAUCAAUUCCGACUAA